GAAGCUGUUCGCUGUCGGCCGUCCUCGCUCGCUCACGCUGGCGAACUCCGCGAAGAUCGCGAAAUCGUCCUCGCGGCCGUGGACACCUCGGGCUUCGCUUUACAGUUCGCGUCGCCGAGGCUGCGAGCAGAUCCCGAGGUCGUUCGUCGGUCGGUGGCGCGAGAUGCUGACUCGUUGGCAUUCGCGGAUCCGAAGCUGCAGGGCGACAAGUCGUUGGUGUUGGAGGCCGUCAGGGCCUGUCCGAGCACAUUGGAGUUUGCAUCGCCUGAGUUAAGGCGUGACAAGGACGUGGUUCUCGAAGCUGUGACGCGUUGCGGCUUUGCCCUGAAGCAUGCAGCGCCUGAGCGGUGCGACGACGAGGACGUCAUCCUGGCAGCCAUCCGCCACAGCGCCUCCACGCUGCGCCGAGCCUCCUCACGGCUUCGCUCUUCGGCAGCGUUCGUCCUCGAGGCUUUGGCUCUCAACCCGGGAGUCCUUUUCCACGCGGAUGACGUCUUGCGGAACAGCAAGGACUUCGCACUCAAAGCCGUGCAAAGACGCGGCGAUUCCCUGAGGUGCCUCCACGAGAAGUUCCGCAAUGACAAGGAGGUCGUGAUGCUGGCUGUGCGUGAGUCUGGUCACACUCUCGCCUUCGCUUCGGAGGGCCUCAAGGAUGACAGGGAAGUCGUGUUAGCGGCAAUCGGGGUGUGCGGAUCAGCUCUCGUCCAUGGCUCCCAUAGGCUCCGAGCAGAACGCGCCGUGGUAUUGGCAGCGGUGAGUCAAGAAGGCUCUGCCCUUGCCUACGGCUCCGAGGAUUUCAGGCAUGAUCGAGAGUUCAUCAUGCUUGCGGUGGCGUUGAACGGACUCUGCCUUCAGCACCUUGAGCGGAUGAAGAGCCUGAGCAAGGCCUAA